UGCGGCGCGCUCCUGGCGAGGACGGAGCGAGCAGAUCUCGCGUGCGCUCGCCGCCAGGCGCAGCCCAGCCCGGCCCCCGCCUGGCGCCGCGAGCCGAGGUGUCUCCCGCGCCCGCGCCCGUGUCGCCGCCGUGCCCGCGAGCGGGAGCCGGAGUCGCCGCCGCCCGAGCGCAGCCGAGCGCACGCCGAGCCCGUCCGCCGCCGCCAUGGCCACCACGGUGACCUGCACCCGCUUCACCGACGAGUACCAGCUCUACGAGGAUAUUGGCAAGGGGGCUUUCUCUGUGGUCCGACGCUGUGUCAAGCUCUGCACCGGCCAUGAGUAUGCAGCCAAGAUCAUCAACACCAAGAAGCUGUCAGCCAGAGAUCACCAGAAGUUGGAGAGAGAGGCUCGGAUCUGCCGCCUUCUGAAGCAUUCCAAUAUCGUGCGUCUCCACGACAGCAUCUCCGAGGAGGGCUUCCACUACCUGGUCUUCGAUCUGGUCACUGGUGGGGAGCUCUUUGAAGACAUUGUGGCGAGAGAAUACUACAGCGAGGCUGAUGCCAGUCACUGCAUCCAGCAGAUCCUGGAGGCCGUUCUCCAUUGUCACCAAAUGGGGGUCGUCCACAGAGACCUCAAGCCGGAGAACCUGCUCCUGGCCAGCAAGUGCAAAGGGGCUGCAGUGAAGCUGGCAGACUUCGGCCUGGCUAUCGAGGUGCAGGGGGACCAGCAGGCGUGGUUUGGGUUCGCUGGCACACCAGGCUACCUGUCCCCUGAGGUCCUUCGCAAAGAGGCGUAUGGCAAGCCCGUGGACAUCUGGGCAUGUGGGGUAAUCCUGUACAUCCUGCUCGUGGGCUACCCACCCUUCUGGGACGAGGACCAGCACAAGCUGUACCAGCAGAUCAAGGCCGGCGCCUACGACUUCCCGUCCCCCGAAUGGGACACUGUCACUCCUGAAGCCAAAAACCUAAUCAACCAGAUGCUGACCAUCAACCCUGCCAAGCGCAUCACAGCCCAUGAGGCCCUGAAGCAUCCGUGGGUCUGCCAACGUUCCACGGUAGCCUCCAUGAUGCACAGACAGGAGACUGUGGAGUGUCUGAAAAAGUUCAAUGCCAGGAGAAAGCUCAAGGGAGCCAUCCUCACCACCAUGCUGGCCACACGGAAUUUCUCAGUGGGCAGACAGACCACCGCUCCGGCCACAAUGUCCACCGCGGCCUCCGGCACCACCAUGGGGCUGGUGGAACAAGCCAAGAGUUUACUCAACAAGAAAGCAGAUGGAGUCAAGCCCCAGACGAAUAGCACCAAAAACAGUGCAGCCGCCACCAGCCCCAAAGGGACGCUUCCUCCUGCCGCCCUGGAGCCUCAAACCACCGUCAUCCAUAACCCAGUGGACGGGAUUAAGGAGUCUUCUGACAGUGCCAACACCACCAUAGAGGAUGAAGACGCUAAAGCCCCCAGGGUCCCUGACAUCCUGAGCUCAGUGAGGAGGGGCUCGGGAGCCCCAGAAGCCGAGGGGCCCCUGCCCUGCCCAUCUCCAGCUCCCUUUAGCCCCCUGCCAGCCCCAUCCCCCAGGAUCUCUGACAUCCUGAACUCUGUGAGAAGGGGCUCAGGAACCCCAGAAGCCGAGGGCCCCCUCUCAGCGGGGCCCCUGCCCUGCCUGUCUCCGGCUCUCCUAGGCCCCCUACCCUCCCCAUCCCCGAGGAUCUCUGACAUCCUGAACUCUGUGAGGAGGGGCUCAGGGACCCCAGAAGCCGAGGGCCCCUCACCAGUGGGGUCCCUGCCCUGCCCAUCUCCGACUAUCCCUGGCCCCCUGCCCACCCCGUCCCGGAAGCAGGAGAUCAUUAAGACCACGGAGCAGCUCAUCGAGGCUGUCAACAACGGUGACUUUGAGGCCUACGCGAAAAUCUGUGACCCAGGGCUGACCUCAUUUGAGCCUGAAGCACUGGGCAACCUGGUUGAAGGGAUGGACUUCCACAGAUUCUACUUCGAGAACCUGCUGGCCAAGAACAGCAAGCCGAUCCACACGACCAUCCUGAACCCGCACGUGCACGUCAUCGGAGAGGACGCCGCCUGCAUUGCUUACAUCCGGCUCACGCAGUACAUUGACGGGCAGGGCCGGCCCCGCACCAGCCAGUCUGAGGAGACCCGUGUGUGGCACCGCCGCGACGGCAAGUGGCAGAACGUGCACUUCCACUGCUCGGGCGCGCCUGUGGCCCCGCUGCAGUGAAGAGCUGCGCCCUGGUUUCGCCGGACAGAGUUGGUGUUUGGAGCCCGACUGCCCUCGGGCACACGGCCUGCCUGUCGCAUGUUUGUGUCUGCCUCGUUCCCUCCCCUGGUGCCUGUGUCUGCAGAAAAACAAGACCAGAUGUGAUUUGUUUAAAAACAAAACAAAACAAAAAAACAAGAUGACGACGACAACCACAAAAAAUUGACAUCAGAUGAAAUGAAAAAAAAAAAAAAAAAACACUAAAGGAAGGAAAAAGCUGUAAAAAUCACUGGCAUUCGUGGGGCCGCUCCCCACCCAAGCUCCACGUGUGUCCGUCUGUGCUCCUGGCCUCUGGGGGACCAGCUGGGACAUGAACUUGUCUGCCAGGCCCCUGUCGCGUGCUGAACGGUGUUAGUUUGUAGGUAACGCACACACCCCACACCUAAGGUGUCUGCAUCCUCCCGCCAACGCAUGGGCUCCACAUGGUGUGCUCGCUGGCUGUCGUGACUGUCAGCUGUCUCUUGGGAGGGGCUGUGGGGCCCACUGGGCUGCCUCCUUUCCCGCUAGUUGUGCCUGAGAGUUGCUGUUGUUCCUGCUUUCCCUUCCCUUCCUUUCAUCCCCUGAAGGGCUAGGUGUGGGUUUUCCGUGCCCGGUAUCCCCACACACCCAGCACGGACAACCCUUCGGCAGAGCCCAGGCCGGCCCCUCACCCCCUGGAGUAUUGAGACCGGAGUCCCGUCCCCAAGGCCAUCAGAGAUGCCCCCACACACCCAGGACUCCAGCUCUGGUCCUUCUAGGGGAAUAAAGUGCAAAGAGGGGCACAGCUUAGCUUCGGGCCUCUCGCCGAGCAAGAGAUAGCACUGCUGGCUACAGCUCCAACACAGCCAGCUGUGGCAAGAGGACUCUGCCUGGGCUGGCCUCCCUCCUGUGUGAGGUGUCUGUCUCUUCUCUGCCAGCCAGCAGCAGAUGCACUGGCAGCUCCCGACCCUGUUUCCGCCCCUUGGCCCUCCCCCAGCCUGUUCGGCUUCUCCGCGCCCCAUGAUGGGGAACAGACUUUUGACAAAGGACUGCGGGCCUUACUCAAGUCCCUGAGCCCCCAGCUGAAGCUAGGAGGGGAGGCCAGGCUUUGUGUCUGGGCAUAUUUGUCUGCUGAUGGAGUUUGGGAAAGCCUGGGGCUUGGGGUUUGGUCGGGUGGUACAGCAAGUGGCAGAGCGGGGUCAGAGGUGGUGGCUGCCCAGCUUCUGGGCUGAGAUGAGGGUCUGUGCAGCGGUUUGCUGAAGUGGGAGUGCCUUUGGAAUCUGGGCUGGGAGCAGAAGGGAGCAAAAGCUACAGUGGGAGCCAGCCUAGGGCACGUGGGAGGCGUGAGGGCAGUGCUGCCUGUGCAGUGUCAGGUGUGAGAGCACCUUGGUGGGCUGCAGUGCGUGUGAGGGCACCUUCUAGGUGGGCCAGGGAUGCAGCUAUGGAGAUAAGGCGGGCUGGGGACAGAAACAGGUGGGCAUAGGGCCCAAGACACCAGCGGAUGGAGGGCAGGGUCCAGCCCUGUGCUCCUGAGUGUCGGCUGCCUGGGUUUGAGGCGGUGGGUCCCCAGCCCCUUGUGAUGGUGUGUACCAUGGGGGAGCUCGGGGACAGGGCAAGCCCAAGCACGGUGGGGCUGCAGGGUGGGUCAGAAGCCAGGUUGGGUGGGAGUGGUCAGAAGCCCUGACUGCAGAGGGUCGGGGGCUCCUGCCCCAGUGCCUGCCCACCUUCAAUUCACAUCGUUUUCAACAAAGAUUUUCUUUAUCUUCCCCUACAAAUCAAGCCAAGGGAGGGGCACAGAAUGGGGAACAGGACACAGGAUCCUAAACUCCAAGGGGACUGUCCACCG